GUCGUUCCAGCUUUCCCAUAACCCCAUUGGUCUUAAAAUCUCUCAUUUCUAGGCGGUGCUUCUUCUUCGUCUAUUUAGAGCACUUUCUGCCUUCUGGGUUCUCUCCACUGCAACACAACAUGGCUUUGUUUGUUUUUCUUUGUUUUGUGGUCUUCUUCUCUUUCUGCAGUGGCUCUUCUUCUGGAGCUACAACCCUGCAUCUUGACGGACUCCUCCUAAAUGGCAACUUUGAGGAAUCACCCGCGAAGUCAAACCUCAAGAAGACAGUAAUCAAAGGGAAAUAUUCACUCCCGAAAUGGGAAAUCAACGGCUUGGUCGAGUACAUCUCCGGUGGGCCGCAGCCAGGGGGCUUCUUCUACGCCGUUCCUCGCGGGGUUCACGCGGUAAAACUAGGCAAUGAGGCCUCCAUCUCUCAAAACGUGAAGGUGAAUCCAGGCUCCAUCUACUCCAUCACGUUUGGGGCCACAAGGACUUGUGCCCAAGACGAAGUGCUGGGGGUUUCGGUCCCCGGCCACUCGGCGGACCUUUCUAUACAAACCCUUUUUAGCAGUAAUGGAGGCGACACUUAUGCCUGGGCUUUCAAGGCGACUUCCAGGGUUGUGAAGUUGACAUUUCACAACCCUGGUAUUCAGGAGGACCCCACUUGUGGACCUCUCUUGGAUGCUAUUGCAAUCAAGGAAAUGCUGCCGCUCAAGUACACUAAAGGAAACCUCGUGAAAAAUGGGGGUUUCGAAAUUGGCCCUCAUGUGUUCAAGAACUUCUCAACCGGAAUACUCCUCCCUCCCAAGCUAUUAGACCUAAUCUCCCCACUCCCCGGGUGGAUUAUCGAGUCUCUCAAACCUGUGAAGUACAUCGACAAGAAGCACUUCUUGGUUCCCUCUGGCCUCGCCGCCAUUGAAUUGGUUGCUGGGCGAGAAAGUGCCAUUGCCCAAAUCAUCAGAACAGUUCCCAACAAGUUGUACAACCUCACCUUCACCAUUGGAGAUGCAAAGAACGCUUGCCAUGGCUCCAUGAUGGUUGAAGCCUUCGCUGCCAAAGAAACCCUGAAAGUUGGAUUUGUAUCUCGAGGAAAGGGUGAGUUCAAAACUGCAAGUUUCAAGUUCACGGCAAUUUCGGCCAGGACAAGGAUAACAUUUUUCAGUGCUAGCUAUCACACAAGGCUUCACGAUUAUGGUCAUAUUUGUGGUCCUGUGUUGGACAAUGUCAGGGUAUUUCCUACUGUCUACUGAUCACUGCUAGCAAAGUUAGCCGUUUAUCGAACUCAUAAACUGGUUGUUCUUCAAUAAAUUUUGAGCUGUAAGUUUACCAUCUAAUCUUCGUCUGUACUUGUAAACCGACGAAAUGUUUGUUUAGAGAGUGGUCAAAGUCAAAGGCCAUAUAGCGAGCCGUACGAAUUUGACCAGUUUUUAUUCCAUUUACACAGUGGCGUAUGAUCAUGAAAAACUUUUCUUGGGACUAGCUUUUGAAAAUCAAGACAAAAGUUGACAUUUUUAA